AUGAAGCGCAUUUUUAGCGCUGCCAUAUGCAUCCUACUCAUAAACGUCCUCAUAAAUCACGUCAACGCCAAAGAUAAUGAAACGAAUAACCUCAGAAUGAGCACCUUCGCAAGGGAUAUAUCCUCAGGGGAGGUACCCUUGCCAGAUUCGAAAAAUGCCUCACAAGAGGAUGGGAAAUACGAGCAUGAAGAUGAAAGCGAUCAGCAGGUUGAGUCAGCCAAGUUUGAGAAGACCAACCAGCAGGAAGAACCCACCGAUACGGAAGACCCAGAAGAGGAAGAAGAUGGGAAAAAAAAAGAAGUGAACAGAAAAGGUGUGGAAAAACAGGGGAAUGAAGAAGAAGAGAAGACUGGCCCAACCACCCCAGAGGAGGGGGAUGCCCAAAUGGAGAGCACCCCGUCGGGGGAGUCGCAAGACGAAGGGAAGGUGGAAGAAGCAGCUCUGAAUGGACCAACCGCACAGACUGAUCGGGAAGAGGGCGAAGAAGGAGAGCCAUCAGAGGACGAAGCAGCGGUGGGCUACAAAGCGGAAUCCGAAGCGGAUAACGAAACGGAAGAGCACGACGAACAUGAUGAGCACGACGAACAUGAUGAAGACGACGACGACGACGAUGAUGAUGAUGAUGGGGAGGACGACGAAGAAGAUGAAGCGCAGGAAGCGCAGGAGGGGCAGGAAGGACAGGAAGCCGAGAAAGCGGCCGAAGACGAAAAAGACGCUCCCCCAAAUGACACGCAAACUCCGCAGGGGGGUUGCCAAGGGUGCCCCGAUAUAGGAAAAAAUUUUAAGUCCACGGAUGAGUCCCUGAAGGACCUGAUCAAGCUGAUCGAAGGAGACAAAGAACUUGAAAAUGGCGUCAGUGACCUUACCAAAAUGAUGGCUCUCUUUUUCUUACAAUUGUAA